GCGGUGACGCCGCCGUGCCCGGAGCCGACACUCGGCGGGGCCGCGGCGGGAACCGGAGCGACCGCAGGCUGAGCGGGGCCCGGGGCGGCAGAUGAACACUUUGCAGAUGGUGGUUCUUACAGGCACCGGUGAAGGCUGGUCUGCAUGAAAAUACUGGCUGAGGAGUCAGGUGUGCUCGACAAGGAGUGGUGCCCCUUGGGAAGAAAGCUCUGAUUAUUAACGGGAAAAUAAUACUGGAACAGAAUGUUGCUUACCUUUUGCCUGAAAAGGUGAAAUCUUUUCAAACAGAAAUGGCUGAUAAGGGUGGAAAGAUGCUUCCAGGACAAUUGUACAUUGAAGUGGAAUACGACUAUGAGUACGAGGCCAAGGACAAGAAAAUUGUGAUUAAGCAAGGGGAGAAAUACAUCUUAGUGAAAAAAACUAAUGAUGAUUGGUGGCAGGUCAAAAGAGACGAAAAUUCCAAACCCUUUUAUGUGCCAGCACAGUAUGUGAAGGAAAUACCCCGAAAAGCACUGAUGCCACCUGUUAAGCAGGCAAGCAUGCUGCCAAAUAACACUUUGAAGUUGACACAUGGAUUACAGAGAUCGACAGAAAAUGUGAAUAAGUCACCAGAGCUUUCUAGUUUUGGAAAAUCUCCAGUUCAAGUGUCUUGCUUAGUUCGAGAUGCCAAUCAAAAUCUGGGACCGAACAAUACCCCUGGUCAAACUCUUGGUUUGAGUCUGGACCUUACCCAAAACAAUGGAAAACUUAACAACGAGUUGCAAUCUCCCAAGGUUUCCAAUCAGUUUAGAACCAUCUCCAUGGGUCAUUUCCCAUGCCCAGAGUUCUUGGAAAUAGAGAAGACCAGCUUUUUGCAUGAACAAUCUUGUGAUUCAGCAGGAGAAGGCUCAGAAAAAAUUCACCAAGAUUCAGAGUCUGGAGAUGAACUCAGUAGUAGCUCCACGGAACAAGCACAGCCAACUACUCCACCAAGCCAAGGGAGGCCUGAUUCACCAGUUUAUGCUAAUUUACAAGAACUGAAAAUAUCUCAGUCUGCACUUCCACCACUACCUACAAGUGCUCCGGUCCAAAUAAAUGGGGAAUGGGAAACCCAUAAAGAUACGACAGGACGCUGUUAUUACUACAACAGAGGAUCACAGGAGCGAACCUGGAAACCUCCGCGGUGGGCCCGAGAUGCAAGCAUUAAUAAAGGGGAUUCCCAGAGCCAUGCAGAUCAUGAGCAUCUUUCAUCAGAAGAAAACGACCACAGUUCUUGUUACAGCCAGUCAGAUAGUCAGUAUGGUUCUCCUCCAAAGGGUUGGUCAGAAGAGUUGGAUGAACAUGGUCAAACCCUAUAUACCAAUGACUAUACUAAUGAAAAGUGGAUAAAACAUGCAGAUGAACAAGGUAGACCAUACUACUACAGUGCUGAUGGUUCCCGAUCAGAAUGGGAGUUACCUAAGUAUAAUGCUUCACCACAGCAGCAGAGAGAUAUAAUAAAGAGUAGGAGUCUGGACAGGAGGCUACAGGAACCAAUAGUUUUAACAAAAUGGAGGCACAGCACAAUUGUGCUGGACACCAACGACAAGGAAUCAUCAACUGCUUCUAAGACAAGCUUUCCUGAAAAUGAGUCCUCUCCUUCUUCACCAAAGCAUCAAGCCACAGGCCAAGAAAAGUAUGGUUUAUUAAACGUGACAAAGAUUACAGAAAAUGGGAAGAAAGUUCGGAAGAAUUGGAUGUCAUCAUGGGCAGUGUUACAAGGGUCGUCACUGCUGUUCACUAAAACCCAAGGAAGUGGAACUGGCUGGUCAUUUUGCCAAGUGGGCUCAAUUCCUGAGCUCUUGCUCUCGCUGCUUUCUUCUUGGAAAAAUGCUCUCAGUCGUCGACCUGCUGUCACCUAUGUAAACUCUGCCCAAGUUUCAGCUAUCACUAAGUUUGGUGUCAAUCAGUCUAAGCCAGAAUUUACAGUGGAUCUCAAAGGGGCGUUGAUUGACUGGGCCUCAAAGGACAAAUCCAGCAAAAAGAAUGUUAUUGAGCUAAAAACCCGCCAAGGAACUGAGCUCUUAAUUCAAUCUGAUAAUGAUGGCUUUAUUAAUGAAUGGUAUAAAGUUCUUAACUAUACCAUCAAUAAUCAGGUAAUAGAGCCUGAUGAACCAUUAGAAGAUGAGGUACCAGAUUCUCCUGGGGUGGAAAAACAAGACAAAGAGAAAGAGAAGGAGAAUAAAGACUCUAAGAAACUUCGUUCAGUGAAAGCACCUAGCAAUAUAGAUUCCACAGAUCAGAAAAAGACCAAAACGAAGCUCAAGAAGUUUCUUACACGGCGCCCUACGUUACAAGCCGUCCGUGAAAAAGGCUACAUUAAGGAUCAAGUUUUUGGUUCAAAUCUCACCAGCUUGUGUCAAAGAGAAAACGGCACGGUGCCAAAGUUCGUGAAGCUGUGCAUUGAGCAUGUUGAGGAACAUGGAUUAGAUAUUGAUGGCUUAUACAGAGUUAGUGGCAAUCUUGCAGUGAUACAGAAGCUAAGAUUUGCAGUCAACCAUGAUGAGAAACUGGACUUGAAUGACAGUAAAUGGGAAGAUAUUCACGUCAUCACAGGAGCUUUAAAGAUGUUUUUCAGAGAAUUGCCAGAGCCGCUGUUCACUUACAAUCACUUCAAUGACUUUGUCAAUGCAAUUAAGCAAGAGCCAAGGCAGCGUGUCCCUGCUGUUAAAGAUUUAAUCAAACAGUUGCCAAAACCAAAUCAGGACACUAUGCAGGUACUCUUUAGACACCUGAAGAGAGUUGUAGAAAAUGGAGAAAAGAACCGAAUGACCUAUCAAAGUAUAGCGAUAGUUUUUGGUCCAACCUUAUUAAAACCAGAGAAAGAGACUGGUAACAUAGCAGUCCACACAGUAUACCAGAAUCAGAUUGUAGAGUUAAUUCUACUGGAAUUGAAUUCCAUCUUUGGACGCUGACGUUUUUCUUGAAGUAGAAGCUGGAAGUGAUGAGUUGGCAGCAGUACUCCAUCAGAAGGAAUUAUUUUAUGUUUGUGGACCAAGCAGCAACUCAUUUUUUGCACUUUUGGGGGGGGAAGAAACAGGAGAAAUGUUUGACCACUUUAAUGCAAAUUAAAGACAACACUUUGGAUUUCUUUGAGAAGUUCAAUGUAAAAAGUGAAUUGAAAAGUUUAUAGUUUGCCUUUUUCAAGUAGCAUUGGAAAAAUGUAAUAUAGGUUCAUACACUGGAGUUCUUGGAGAGUAAAGCCAUUAAUCUCAAACUGGAUAAUCUGGAAUUUAAUCUCAAAAUUCUUCCACUUGGUAGGGAAAAGUCCUGCCAAAUAGUAUGGAAAAAUUCAGUGAAGAAACAUCUUAAGCUUGUGUAUUACAACCUACUCAGAUCUCUAUGACACUUUUCCAAGGGGUUUCUGCAUGUGGUGCCUGUCUUGGACUUGUGCUAACAGUUUGGUUUAGUUAUUCAAAUCUAAUAUCACUUGGUAUCUGCUGCCCCUUUUCCUUCUUUUUUUUUUUUUUUUCCUUUUCCCCCCUUUUUCUGUUGGUUUUUUUUCGCUUCUCUUUAUUUCCUUUUUUCCCCAGCAACCUUUCUAGAAGUUCUUAGCUGCUUCAUAGAGCAGCACACUAUUACGCUAUUUCAAACACUGAACUUGUAAGAAUAUCCAGCAAUGGAUAUGGCUUAUGGCAUAACAGAAGUAAUAUUUAAUAAACAUGUUCAUUUUUUCAGGGUAUUUCUUGAGCUAAGUUUUGUGUUAUACCGAUCUAAAUCUGAAGUCCUAAGUAAACACCGACUGUAACACUGUACUGAGUUCAUGGUAUAAUGCUGUGGUAGUGGAAGUUCAUUCUUGAUGUAAAUACAGGCUGUCCUUUUGAUUCUUGUAUAUAAUUCAGUCCCUGUAUAGUUUAAGAACACUUUAGUCACACAUUUCUAAUCAUGGGUAGAUUAGCUACAGUAGCAUAAUGUUUCCAGUGGAUGUCUGGGUUUCAGCAGGGAAACAGGUUAUGGGGAGGGAGGGAAUCUAACUGUGUGCACUUUUAGAUGUUAAUUACAUUUGCAGGCAAAUAACUGUAAUGCAAAUGGUACUGGAGAAAUACUGAGUGUGCUUGCUAAAUGGUUAAUGCACUACAAGAGGAGCCUUUUAGGUUAUUUAAUAUGUACAGGAUACAUUAGAAAAAUGUAUUAUGAAUUCUAACACCUACAAAUAGUGAAAGUCAUGUUUUGAUAGAUAGAUAGAUAUUUGGUGGAAUCCAUGAUGCUAAAUUUAAGAUUUUCUUUUUACAUUAAUGUAGAAUAAUUUGUAAAAUUGGUUUUGAAAGAUUUUGUUACAGGGAGCAUGGUCUGCUGAAGAUUUUUUUAAAUGUAUUUUUCUAGACUAACUGCUGUAUCUGACAUAUUUGUUAUGUCUAACCUAAAUAAAGAAAACCAAUAGUUCUUUUAGA